AGCAACAAACCGCCAUGUUUUUUACAAGUCGACGAGAAACGAAGCUACUUUAUAGACAUUAAUGCAUUGCAAAUCUUUGAUUUAACAUGACGUAUAUACAAAUUUCACCUUUAAUUGACAUCGAUACGAUGUCUCAUUUUUUCGGCGACUUCUAAAGGUUGUUCAGAGCAGUUCGUAGAGCCUCGGGCCAUCGUAGUUGGCCCCAGAUUUUUGCAAAUCAUGGAGAAAGUGGAGGUGUAUGAGGUGGUGAAAGUCACUGAGGAGGUGGAGAGCUGCUACAACCAAAUGGAGGUGACUACCCCAAAAAAGAGGAAGAGCAAAGCUCAAGAAGAUACUGUUGAGAAACCUAAGAAGCCUAGGUCUGCCUACCUGCUAUACUACUUUGAUGUUCACCAGAUUAUGCAACAGGAAAUACCGAAUCUGCCACAGUCAGAGAUCAACAAGCGAAUCAGUGAGAGCUGGAAAAGGCUUAGUGUGGCUGAGAAAGCCUACUACCUGGAGAAGGCCAAGUCUGAGAAGGAGGGCACAGAUACAUCCUCACUCAGCCCCUCCAAAGAUCUACCAGGCUUCCGCAAGAUCCUCCCUCGAGCCAGCUACUUUCUCUUGUCCAAAGGCUGCCCCUCAAAUCAUCAGACAGGAAGCUCUCAGUCAGAGGCGAGUACGGAGUCGCUGGAUCCUGCAGCAGAAGGAGCCGUGCCCUCGGUCUCCCUCACCCAGGAGUCCCAGUUCACACCUCUAGGGUUGGCCGGUGAGGUGGAACUUUCUGAGCAGACCAUGGAUGUUGAAGAUAUAACUGAGGAAACAGUGGUGGCGUCUCAUCCCACGGCCCUCCAACAAAUCCCCCAGCCCUCUCCUUCCUCUGUCUCGUCCAAAGCUACAGACAUUCAGGGCUCUGCUGACCUCACAGCAAAUGGGGUCACACUGAAAGGAAAUGAGACAAGAGUUGUUGGCACUGGUUAUGGCACGGCAAUGGUGCAGCAAAUACAGAGGGAAACUACACAGGUUGUUGCUAUUAUACCCUCCCAGAACCUGCUGGAGCCCAAAUCUUUGGCAGGUGUCAGCUCUGUGGGCCCAGUGAUGAUGGUCUCUGUAGGAGCCAGUGUGGAACAAAGUGCCAAACCUUCAUAUAAAAUGUCUGUGAAGACAUACACCAGGAGAGGUCGAGGGAGGUGUCUGAAUCCCGGAUGUUCAUUUGUGUACGUCACCCGCCACAAGCCACCAACGUGCCCUGAAUGUGGGAGCAGCUUGGGUGGAAAAUGGAUACCUGCUGCCAAGAAGACACAAGAGAAAGAAGCAGCGUCAAAGCAAGUUCCACAGAAAGCUGAAACCAAGCCUAAAGAAAGCUGCCAACCUACACAGCUCCCUGCUCAGGAGGGGAAUGCUGAUGUCGCUAAAACAAACACCACUGGGAGCAAAAAAGAAGGGCGAAAGCAGCGUGCAGUUCCAGGUGGAAAGCCAGCAGAGGGCACCAGCACCAAGCUCCAGGAACAAACAAAACAACUGAAAGACAGUCCUAAAGGUGCCUCAGUCCAAGGUCAAGACAGAAGCAAUGCCACCAUUCAAAAGAGGCCUGUGAGGCCCAUCCUCCCUGCCUACUAUAACACAGGCCGUGCCUUGUUUCAGAUCAUAACUGUCCCACCUGACAAAGGAAAAUUUCAGACUGCAAACAGAUACAAAUCAUCAACUGUGUCCCGAGAGAGUCUCUCAGGUCUCAAACCCAGCACUUUAAAGCAGCUUGGCCAGGCGGUCACAGAAACCACAGCCAAGCAGGAUUCUCCUGUCUCAGCAGAUGGAAGCCAACCUGUGUCUUCACUGACUGAUAGGAGAGUGAAUAUCCUGUCAGUUGUGCCUUUCAAACAGAACACAGUCUCUACCUUUGACUUGGGACUGUCCACAGCAAGAGGCCGGGGUCGGUGUAAAAACCCAUCCUGUGACUACAUGUAUAAGAAUAGGCACAAACCUGCAAUGUGCCCUAAAUGUGGCUGUGAGCUGACCCAGAAGAACACCAAGGGAGCAAAGUCUGGAGCUCUGCUGGAUCCAUACCAGGCCCUGAGUCCUGCUCAGAGGGAUACCCAGCGGCAAAAUACGCUGCAGCUGCUGCGCCGUUCCCUGCAGAUUCCCGAAAACGAGACUGAGCUUCAGGAAACAUUAAACCUCAUCCAGGAGCUCAACAGUCUCCAGAUAAUCUUGGUUCAACCAGGCAAUCAGGAGCCUGAAGACAGUGUAGGGACGGAGACGCUGGUUGAGUCUGGGUGGCCUCAGUUCUACGAAUCAGCAGCCACUCACUGUGGCCUGUGUAACUACCCUCUCUUCAAAGGAGGUCAGAGUACUAUUGCAGGACAGGAGGACUGCUGGCUGCUCACUGAGACACUGAUCCAGACAGCUUCUCUCCAGCUCAAGGUGUGUCUCAACGUUCAGUGUCUGGCUCUGCACAGCUUCACUGACCUGCAUCCAGGUUUGUUCAACAUUGGGAAUAGACUACUGGUGAGUAUUGACCUGUUUUUGAAGAUCAGGGCAAACAUCAAACUGGGUCAAACUCCCUCUCAAGCAGCCAGGACUAUACUGGACCACAUCCCCAAUCACCCUGUCCACGCACUUAGUCCAGAAGAGUUCUCUCAAAUUCAAGAGCAUCUCCUCAGUGGCUACUGGGCCUUUGAGUGCCUGACGGUGCGAGAUUACAACGAUAUGAUCUGUGGCAUUUGCGGUGUUGCUCCUAAGGUGGAGAUUGCACAACGAUACACAAACAAUGUGCUGGAGCUCAAGAAUGUGGAGUUUACCUGGCCUGAGUUUUCAGUCUCAGAUGAGGUACACGUGGAUGACUUUUGGCUGACCAUGGAGAGUGAGGCUAUUGAGCAGGCAGCUUUCCCCACCGACAUCCCUAUCACACGUGUGGAUGCUUCCAUCAUCGCCCCCUUCAUCCCCCCUCUGAUGAGGAGUCCCACUGUUAUCAACACAGAGAAAGACAAGGCCUUGUCACACACACAGCAGCCAUCAGGGGAUCCGUCAGUUUUGGUGCGUCUCAUUCAUGAUGGUCAGCUGAGACUCGACAAAAUUGAGGAUCACAGUGAAGACGAGCUGAGAACAAUACUGGACGGCUGUAGGGCGACCGUCACCCCAGGUUCUACUAAGAAUGAGCUGCUGGCUUCGCUCAUCUCCUUGUACACACUGGUUCAUAGCGGCCUCUCCACUGCCCCACAGCCUCCUUCACACCUCACUGCUGGCAAGUUGUCCAAGGUCUGCCCCCACAAGGUGGUCUGCGGCUCUAAGUACUUAGUGAGAGGAGAGACGGCUCGAGAUCAUGUCGACCUGCUGCUGUCCUCUCGCUACUGGCCCCCAGUCUAUGUCAGUGACUGCGCCCGUCAGGUGGCGCUCUGUACAGACAUGCAGUAUCCAGAGCUGGCAACCCAGAUGUGGGGCAGAAACCAAGGCUGCUUCUGUGACCCCUUUGAAAAACCAGAGUUUGUCUCUUGCGCUGAGCUUCAAGACCAGUCGUACAGUGCAGAUCUUUCUUUGGUAGCAGAGAACCAGCAGGUCCAUCCCAUCACCAAAUCUUCUUCUUGCUGGCUGGUUCACCCUCCUGCGGCGAGACAGGCCCCGGAGCCUCCUGCUCCAGAGCACCACUCAAUGUCCCUCUGCAAAGACCUGGAGCCCUACGUCAGCCUGGUCGUUGAGCUGGAGAAAGAGAAGGAGGAGGAGAGUGACGAGGGGGCAGAGCAGAAGGAGCAGGAAAACAAAGCUGAGAAAGACUCUGCAGAGAAAUCAGAGGGCUGUCCCUCGGUGAGCCGUGCACGGUCGCGGCCUGUGGUUUUCAGCAACACAGCCUAUUACUACCUAUACAACCGUCUCGUAGAUUUCCUCACCAGCAGGGACAUCGUGAGCCAGCAAAUCAACCAAGUGGUGAAGGCCUGCCAGCCUGGAGAGGUGGUGAUCAGGGAUGCUCUGUACCGGCUGGGAGUGGCACAGAUCAACACAGAGAAAGUGGAAGAGGAUGAAAGUGGAACUGAUAGGCAGACACAAGAAGGAGGGACAGAGACAUACGAAGUAGUCCUGCCUGAAUAAAAAUGUUGAGGAUGGAUCAACAGGCAGACAGUGUGGAUGGACUGAAUGUAUAGACGGCUGCAUGCAAAGAGAUGAGCGCAGAAAAUAGGAGAGACAGCCAGGAGGGAAAGGAGGUGUCAUAAGGAGAAAUGAAAGUGCAACCAGAAGGGUCCAAAAGAUUUAAGUGCAAAGCCAGAGAACGACUGAGGGAGCAGAAAGCACCAGAGAGUAUUUCACUGUGCACUUCAUCGCUUAUACACUGUUGACAGAUUUUACUAAAGAGAGGAAAUAAGCUAAAUGUGGGUAAAGUGGGUUAACUUUUGCAGAAGUUACUGCUGCUGAAAUGACUGCUGAGUGGUCAGCAGUGUUGACUGUGAAGAUACUAAUACAGACAUACAACUUAAGAUCACAGGUUACAAGGUCAUUUUUAAACAUAUAUAACAGUGAGUGUGAGAAUAAGUAUAAAUCAGUAUGGUGGCGACUGAAUGUAAAACAUGAUCAUAUCAGAUGACAAAAAGAAUGCAACAAUCUUUUUUGUUUUUACCAGUGUGGUGCCAAGUAUAAAAAGAUGUGAAAGUUUAUGUGAAGGUGAUGUAAACUUGAGUCCUAAAUCUAAGUCAGUGCUUUCCUGUGACUGAAAGAAUGUAAACAACUUAAUAACUUAAUAACUCAGCUACUUCAACUUCAACUACAUGUUAAUAUUUAAGCAUGAAUAGUAUGGUGUAUUUAUUGCCCUUUUAUGUCCGGAGACAUUUCUGCUUUGUGUGUCACACUCUUACCUCCCACCUGCCACUUGUUGCCUUUUGGACUGAUGUUUGCUUUUGAAAAAUGAUGAUAAAAUCUGGUUAUUGUACUGUCUCAUAAUGUGAUGAUGGACCUUAUGGCCUUUUGCUUUAUUUUGUGUCUUCUCAGUGGAGAUCCACUCAAGGAUGCAUUCAGUCAGUUGUCUUAACACGUGUCAACCAAUCAGCAGUCAGCCUUUGAGAAUCAACUUAAGAUAUUUAGUGAACUUGCCAACUUGAAGUACUUUAUAACUAACCUGUCUUUUUGUUGGAAAUGAUCACUAAUGCUUUUGCAAUGCGCUAACAAACCUUUCUCAGAGCAUUGAGGCUGCCGAAGCAGAAAAUUGGUUUCAUUUACUGAAGCCUUAGGGAUGCCUGUGGGUUGGAAGAAAAUAAAGCAGCCAAGUUUUCUUUGUAGAUAAAGAAAAUAUAUAAAUAGCUGGACCAAUGCAGUCCUGUAAAUUAAACUGCUGAUGCAACAAAUAAAUGAAAUGAAUGACUUUGGA